CCGCUGCACGCGAAACGGGCUCGUUUCAUUCUAAUGCCCUCACAGGCCUGGCGACUCUGGGUGUGUGUGUGUGUGUGUGUGUGUGUGUGGCUGUUCCUUCCAGAAGCUUUACCCCUCCAUCCCUAAAUGCGCCGGCUCUCAUUUGCUGGUGGUUGUUUAUGCUGAGCAGGGACUCUCCUCCUCUCCUCUCCUCUCUCCAUCGCUCCGUGCACACGCUCGGUCGAUGGGCUGCUCGCCGCCUAAUUACCUUAAUAAUUAAAUUUACUGCGACGAUUUGCCAAAGCGGGACCCUCCUCCACCUGCCCCGUCGGCCGAGCCACUGUCCUCCCCGCUCCAGCGCCUCGAGACCGACAAAUGGCAAGAGGUCCCCCAGGUAGACCCCCGCUGCCUCGUUAUCACAGCUCGUGGCACAUGCCAAACGUUCAUUUGUUUAUCUCAAUUUCUCUUCUUUCUUUUUUUUUGCUGUGUGUGCAUAUUAAUCCCUCAUUAUGUGGCGGGCAGAAAUACACUCGGUGGAUUUUUACAUAACAAAGUGAAAGGAGCAGGGCAGGAAAGGAAUCAGAUCAAUAUUCAUCUCUUUAUUCUGUUGUGGGCAUCAGUUCACACAGGGCCCCUUCAUAUGCUCCACCUGACACACAGUCGUACAAUGAGUUCUAAAUGGGCCUUUGCCGUCACUGUGGUUUAAAACCUGACUUGUGGAUGCUUUGCAGCACAGCACACACACACACACACACACACACACACACACACACACACACACACACACACACACACAGUCACGUCUCCAGCUCUCAUAAUGAGUCCAUGUAAACAGAAACCAGCAGCAUAGAUCCAUCUGCUGCUUUGAUCCAUCUGCUGCUUUGAUCUGCUGCUUUGAUCUACAUUUAAAAAAUAAUGAGACCAGCCCCUUCAGACUGUAACAAUAUAUGCAGGCGAUGGAUACAAAUGUGGAAAAACAAGCGUUAAGCAGGACACACUGUGUGUGUGAGAUCGGAUUCAGAUUGUGAAGGAUUUAUGGAGCCCACAACACAGCAUCUGUUACAUCAAUCGGUGUGACAGCGAAAAACAACCUGCAACCCGCUGACCCCUUCUUCAAGGUGCCUUUACCAUGGUGACAUUUAACGAUUCAUACACUUUACAAUAAGAGGAGGGGAAACACCUUGUCACAGCUGCGUCACCUCAAAUUUCGGCGCCAUCAUUUGAAACGCGUUGCUCCCGAGACGGCUCUAAACCGGGGGAAGCCAUGCAUCUAGAAGUGAAGGUCGCCCUCAACUUCAUCGUGUCCUACCUGUACAACAAGCUGCCUCGGCGUCGAGCGGACCUGUUUGGUGAGGAGCUGGAGAGGAUACUGGUGUCUCGCUUUGAGGGUCACUGGUACCCCGAAGCCCCUCUCCGGGGCUCCGCCUUCCGCUGCAUUCAGCUGGGGGCACAGAGGGACCCGGUGGUGGAGUUGGCCGCCAAGAGAAGCGGACUGGACACGGAGGAGGUACGUGCAAAUGUUCCCGCAGAUCUCAGUGUGUGGAUCGACCCCUAUGAGGUGUCCUACCAGAUCGGAGAGAAGGGGGCGGUGAAGGUGCUCUACCUGGAGGAUCCUCCAGGCCUCGGCUGCGAUGGUGAGAGGGCCGAUGGGGCCAUCAGAGAGGGGAAAGGAGACGCAGACGCAGAGGCAGAGGAGGCCAAGAAUCUGGGCUUCAACCCAGAUGCGCAGGUGUUUGUGCCAAUUGGAAGCCAGGCCUCCCCUGCCCUCAUGCCGUCACACUCCAGCUCUCCCACACCUCUUUCUGCCCAGCCCUGCCCCGGGCUCUUCAGCUACCCCAGCUCCAGCACGCCCACCGAUCCUGUCGCCCACUCCUCCAACACCUCGACCCCCUCCCCUCCCAGCGGCGGGCUGCCCUACCUCGCCACCCAGCAGCCGCCCUCUGCUCUCCCCGCUGCCCGUCCUCAACCCAUCACCUUCACCACCGCCACCUUUGCCGCCACUAAAUUCGGCUCAACCAAGAUGAAGAAGUGCACCGGGGCGGGGUCGCCAGCCAGCUCCGGAGUUGUCAUACCACCCACCCAGAGGAUGCUCUCCCGCUCUCCCACCACCGUUCCGACGCCAGAGCUGCUCAAGCACAAGCCGCUGUCCCUCUCCUUGCACUCACUGGGAGGGCCUAUCCCCACCCAGCUUUCUCCCAACGCCAAAGAGUUUGUCUACCCAGGAUCCCCGGGCCCCCUUUACUUCGACGCUGACACCCAGCCCAUGCAACCUCACGCUAGCCCCUUCCAGGCCCCCCACACCGUCAACGGCCACCCGUCCUUUGACCCCUUCGCCAGCCCUCCUCCUGCCCAGAGUGUGGGCAUCAUCAGCAGCAACGGAGGAAUUUCUUACAUGGAGAAGCCGCCAUUCGUCGAGGGUUUAGGAAGCUACAACCUGCAAUAUCCCAGCCAAUCCUUCCAGCCUGUCGUGCUGGCCAACUGAGCCUUCAUUUGUAAGGAGGGGAGUCAUUGUAGGAGGAGGCGGGUGUUGGGACAGUGAUGCUCCUGAAGUAUUUUCAGUUUUUCUAAGAAAUUGUUCUAAUACUAAUAGGUUAAGAAUUUGUUUUACUACAAAGAUUUAAAACAUCACACUUACAGAAUAUCUCAUGUGACCUCACCCUGUCCCUUUUUGUCCGUUGCUAUUGUCACAUUCUAUGUGUUGGCUGUGAUGGUGUGGGUGGGGGCGAGCUACUCUCUGCCUCGAGUCUCUGCCAAUCUCCUCUGUUUAUUGUUUUGCAUUGAAUGAUAACGCGAGAUACUUUUUUUCUUUCUUUCUUUGUUGACUUGUAGACUAAUGGACCCUGGGCUCUAGUAUAGCGCCAUUUUGCACUGCACUGUCAUGCUGUGGAAAAGGACCUAGCCAAGUCCUGCAGGGAACACGAGGGCUGUGGAAAGCUCAGCACUUUGCUCUGCAAUCUGCUCUGCCCUACUUGCCACAAAUACAGAGAAAAGCGGGGGCUCUGCUGUCUCUCUCUCUCUCUCUCUGUGUGCGUCGUUCUGUUUUGUUUGUGCUCAGCGUGAUCAGGAAAACCUGCUGAUUGUACGCCGGGCCCAUUACCCUUGAAACGCACUCGUGCGCAGGCACAGUUUGCGCUGCUGUCACCGGGUGUGUAUUGAAAGCAGUUUAUCGUCAGCAUGGAGUGUGUUCCAUGACCAAGGGUUCAAAUGAAAUCAGAGCAGAAAGAGGAGCAUGUAAAGGGAGUCAUGUAAUGGAAUGUAUUGAACCUGUCGGGAGAAACCUUGGUGAAUGUGAAAGGCAAAUUUAUUUUUUGUAAUUUAAGAUGCCCCAACUAUGUGCUGAUACGUCAGUUAUACACGGGGGUGCAAGUUAUGGUUUCGCACAUGUAUUCAAACGGACAGACAAGCACACGCACGUGCAGAAAUGCACAUGUUCACAUGCACGCAAUUUCCAGUCAGCAGUGUGUGAAGGUGAACAGGCAGGGAAGGUGAUGAGGGGGGGAAGGGAUGCAGCAGCUAAGCAGUGGGGGAUUUUGAUAAAUGGCUUAGCAUGACUUUGACUAUGAAGGAGAGGUUUUCCCCGGCAUGAGGGGAGAGAGCGAGGGAGACGGGAAGACAGAAAGGAAAUGAGAGAGGGAGAGAGGGAAGCGGCUAGAGGGUUUCUGUGGCGUCCAGGGUGUGUUGGCUUACAGAGCGACACUUUUGAAACCCAGUGCACGUUUGUGGGUGAGCUUAACUGGUGCUGAAGCCAGAGGCUCACACUAUUCUCUCCAUCCUCCUUGAAAUUCCUUGGUGAUCUCUGCUUCUCUGGCUGCUGCUGCAAGGAAAAAAACCUGAAUUGUACAGUUUUAAGUUGCUGCGUCUCCCCUUUCCCCCGAGUUGCAGUGAGGUGAACAGAGAUGAAUGUGCUGUAUCUACGCGUGGCUUUUGUUGCUUCAUCAGAUCACUGGGAAGUCUGUUGUGUCUUGCGUCCGUUUUACCAUUCGGGUCCGUGAUGUUGCUGGUCGCUACAGGGAAGGGUGAACCCCCACAUGACCGUUUUGAGCUGUCCAGCACCUUAUUACUGGGUUUCUGGCGCUGCGUGUCAACCCACAGAUGCGAGCACUCGAUCCAUUCCUUUGCCCCUCUGCUUGGUUCAGCUGUCACAAAAGGCUUUAGAGAUUCAACCAUGAGCUAAGUUUGUAUUUGAAAGCAUCACGCUGGUGUGGAGAUGCUUGUCAGUCUCGUUGGUUUAUUUGAAUGUUUUCUAGACUUGUAUCCAAAAAUGUUUUUGUAUGAUGACCCCAGGACCCUUGACUUGUGCUCACACUGGUAAUGCGAUGUCACAGCUUGUCAUAUGCAUGAAAGUUUGACUUUUAUUUCGUUUUUUGUUUUUUUUCAAGGGGACUGGUUCGGGAGAUACAUCUCUGUAAAUGUGACUGUGAGGGUGGGGGGGGGGGGGUAUAUUUCUAAAUUUCUUUUGUUUUGUAAUUUAUUUCCAAUAUUUCUAUAUUUUUGUUUUUUUUGCAAUGAUCACUCGCAUUUGUAUGAGUAAGACGUGAAUGCAGUCCAGGAAUAUGUGUAUAUAAAAAAAAGUUGUUAUGUUGAGAUUCUUUGUUUAGUUUCUUACAUGCCGAGGUUAUUUUUUCAGAAAAUGACGUGAAUAUAUGCAAAUUGAGACAAAAAAUAAAGGUUGUACAGAAUAAAGUAUUGAAUGUUUAUUGUAUCCUGUAUAGCAUUUGUCUGAUAAGACGGGUAAAUGUAUUCAUUCUUCACGUUUGGGAGUUCUAAGGCAUGAAUGUUUACAGUGGGUUUUGUGUAGGAAAAGAUGGCUGAUCUCACCUUUUUCUGUGCUUUCCCAGGGCAGUCUGACAUUACCCCCCAUAGGCAGUUGAACCAAAAAUCUGCACGUUUUCAGAUUUGAUUUGAGUGCAAUAUCCACCUCCCCUUCAUGUCACUUUACUUUAUUUAAUUUGUUCUUUAAAAAAUGUGUAACUGCCCCUUCCCCUCGAUUUCUCUCCUUCUUUUUCAGAAUAACUCCUGUUUUUACCUGUACGCUCCUACAGUGUCUAAACGCAUAUACUCAUAUUCCCAAUAUAUUUUACUUUAUUCCACCAUAUUUUUAUUUAUUUUUUGUGUGUGUGGGGUUCAUCCUCUCCCCAUCACCCUGGUCCUUUGGUCCUGCUACUAUAGCCAUAUCUCAGACUGUCUAUGCUUACACGGAUGCUCACCCUUCUCUAGUGCAAUGUAACGCCAUAAGUUAAAUUACCCUGAAAGAUUCAAGGGGUUUCUACCUCUCUGCACCCUGGGAAAAAUAAAAAUAUAUAAAUAAAUAUCUUCUAAAAGGAAGACUGUGCAGGUUUAGAAGGACGGAAGGAAAUGAAUGUGCUUUGAAUGAGAUUCUGAUCUACUGUAAGUGAAGUCAACCCUGGUUGAGAAGGCCUGCGUCAAACAAAUAGGAGAAACCGCGUAUUGUUUUUUGUAAAAGUCUUAGAGAUUUUUAGUCACAUGCAUGUCCAAGUGAUAACUUUUUUUCUACCCCACAUUUGUCGGAUUAUGCGGCGCAAACGAGGUCGCGUCAUUAAAUUUCCCUCAAAUCUGGCUCUUGAGGUGAGCGUAUUGUAAAAGCCGGUUCGCCGUCGCAUCUUUAGGAAUGGAUGCAGGUCUGUGUUUUACACUCGGGAAGAGAUCAGACAGUGUUUUUUUAAACACACCACAAAUCAACUCCAAACACAAGCUGUUCUACAAUCAGGGUUGAUCAUUAAUGACGUGGAAAAAAACAAACAAAUCGAGAAUUUUGUAUUCUGAUGUCCUUUUGCUUAUAUCGACGUGUGCGUUUUAGUUUGCACUUUGGAAACUUUCAUUGUCAUAAAAGAAGUUUAUUUUCUAUGUAAAAUUUAACAUUUAAGAAUAAAUGGAUUGAAUUCAAAGUUGAAAUGAUGUAUAAAAUAUAUUGCUUUCUUUCCUGCCUGUAUUUUAUUAUUUUUCCUAUUUUGUAUCGGAUCUGUACACGCUGUAGAUGUAUAAUGAAUCUUUCACUACUGAAAUGCAAUGACCUGUUUUCUGUGCUGCCCCUCAGGACUGGGGAGUUACUAUUGCAGUUUCUUAUUGUAUCGGAUUCUUUUUUAAGUUUGUAAUAAAAACAGAUUGGCAAAAAAUAAGCAUGGAAAAUAA